AUGUGUCAUUUAAUACUUCUUACAUUACCAUAUUCAAAUCAUAAAAUCAUUAUUAUUAGUAUAAUCGUAUUCUGUGAUGUUUAUCAUCUUUGUUUUUAUCCUGUUCAUGGUCAAAAUCAAAAUAUUUGGCUUACUAAUUAUACGGAAGACAUUCUAUUAAAACUCAUACCUAAAGAUGAAAUAAUUAUUCUCGGCGUACUUGUCGAACCUUUUUUUUAUAUUGAUUUAAUAAUCAAUAAAGAAAAUAUACCAUUUCAUCUUAAAUCUAUAGAUACUAUGAUUGCAUUAAAUUCUAAAUAUAAAGAUCGUUGGUUGGACGAAGUUAGAUUAAUACCUAAUCCAUUGAUUGUUAAUACAUCAUUUAUGAUAAGUAUUAUUAUUAAUGAAGAUGAAGGAUUUAAUAUUUCUUUUAAUGAACAAAAAUUUUUUAAAUUUGAAAGACGUGAUCCAGUAAAUGCUAUAAAACAAGUACACGUUUAUGGAAAUUUGACACUUAAAUCAGUGAAAAUUAUUCAUUCGAAAGAUAAUUCAAUGAAAACAUUAAUUAUUGGUAUAGCAAUUACAUUAGUUUUAUUAAUUAUUGUUGGAAUGGUGUUUUUCUAUCUUUUACGACGACAUUGUGCACGUUCAAAAUCUAAAAAAAAGAAAUCAACAAAGGGUCAUGAUUCAACAAUUGCAAGUUUAGGAAGUCGUAGAAGUAAAAAAACAGAUAAUUCAAAUAUUACGUAUUUAACUAGUAGUUCAUUUCUUUCUACAUAA